GCCAAGAGCCGGCGCGGGAACGUACGCGGCGGCCGCGUAAACGCAGGGGGUGUGGCUGCGUGAUGCGGUGGCAUUUAGACUCGCCAUCGGAGGGAGAAGCGUCCGCAAGGUCUCUGGCCGCAGACCCGUGCACCCUUUUCGCGGGCUCCUCGCGUAGCCGCAGUCCCCAGGCGACUGCACCUCCAUCUAGCAUGGCAGCCCAACUGCCCUUGCCACCCCCGCCGCCAGACCCCCAGUUCGUCCUCCGAGGGACCCAGUCAGCGGUGCAUGCACUACAUUUCUGGGAAGGAGCCCAGGGCCAGGGACACCCACUCCUCCUCUCAGGGUCCCUGAGUGGGCUGGUGCACAUCUGGAGCCUGCAGACACGGAGGGCGGUUGUCACCCUGGAUGGCCAUGGGGGCCAGUGUGUGACUUGGCUGCAGACACUGCCCCAAGGGCACCAGCUCCUCAGUCAGGGCCGGGACCUGAGGCUGUGCCUGUGGGACCUGGCGGAGGGCAGAAACACCGUCGUGGACUCUGUGCACCUGGAGAGCAUGGGCUUCUGCAGGGGCUCCAUCCUGGCUGGGGGCCAGCAGCACUGGACACUGGCUGUGCCAGGGAGAGGCAGUGAUGAGGUUCAGAUUCUGGAGAUGCCAUCCAAGACGUCAGUGUGCACCCUGAAGCUGGAGGCAGAUGCCAAGCCAGGCAUGCCCAUGUGCCUGGAGCUGUGGCAGGCAGAUUCCAGCCCCCGCCCACUUCUUCUGGCCGGCUAUGAGGACGGAUCGGUGGCCCUGUGGGACAUCUCUGAGCGGAAGGUGUGCAGCCACAUUGCCUGCCACACAGAGCCUAUCAUAGGCCUUGACUUUGACUCCCAGAAGGCCAGGGGCGUCUCGGGCUCCGCGGAAAAGGCGCUGGCUGUCUGGAGCCUGGAUGAGCAGCAGGCCCUGCAGGUGUGCAGCACUCACAAACUCACCAAUCCUGGGAUCUCCGAUGUCAAGAUUAGGCCAGACCGCAAGAUCCUGGCCACCGCAGGCUGGGACCAUCGUGUUCGAGUGUUUCACUGGCGGACGAUGAAGCCGCUGGCUGUGCUGGCCUUCCACAGUGCUGCCGUCCACUGCGUGGCCUUUGCUGCCGAUGGCUUGCUGGCCGCAGGGUCCCGGGAUCAGCGCAUCAGUGUCUGGUCACUCUAUCCACGCAGGUGACUUGCUUGCUGCCUGUUCAGGACAUACAGAGGUCAGGGAGGUGGCACCGGAGCUUCCAUCUGACCCGGGCAUGUAGAAACCACGCCCAGGGACCUAUGAGGGCGGCUGGUCACAGGUUCUCCUUCAGUUACGGGACGAGCUCAGUUUGUGGAGUCCUCACUUUCUGCACAACAGGGACUCUGGUUUACAAAGAGUAACCGAGCCAGACAUCUGGGCAUGUGCGGCCUGGGUAAGGGGCCAACCUGGGGGUACUUUACAGUAAACUUAAGAAUUGCGAACCUG